CAACCCUUGUAUAUGUAAAGAUAUGAUGUAUGUGUGUCUGUCAUUUCUUGUUUUUUGUGUCUAAUUGAUACUACUGGUGUGUUUGUUCAAUUGCAAAAACUGUCAAGUUGAUUUGGAUUACACGAUUUUGAUAAGAUUGAGUUAGGUUGUAAAUUUUCCUUUUUAGAUUCCUAUUUCCUAGUAUGUGGAAUUGAAGGAGGAAUCAUUCAGUGCACCUGCGCACUUUUCAUGCUUUCGCUCUCAUCAAUGUAGAUUUCACUUAUAAGUGUCACAAGGGUAUCUUUUAAUUUCUUGAAUUUAAUAACAUGUUAUUUUUCCUGUAAAGAUGGAAAUUGGAAUUUGAUUUUGACGUCAAUCCUUGUAAAUUUAAACUUUUGUAAUUUUGAUUUCAUUAUUUUUUACACUUUAAGGGUGCAUUUGGCUACUGCAUUGGAAUGAAUGGAAUAGGACCACUUUAUUUCCUUCAUUUUUUUCUGGUCGGAGGAAAUCUUUGUUUCCUUCAAAUGGAGGCGUCAAAUUUUGGAACACCAUUCUAAAGAAAUACCAUGAGAAGUGAAAUCAUUGCCAUAUAACUACGUGUCUUAGAAAGCAGUCUCCAGGAUGGGCAUCAGCUUCAAAUAUUGGGAUGAGUGUGUCGAACCCCAGGACAUGCAAGAAAUGUGGCAGGAGCCCGAAGUGAGCACUGAAUGGUUAGAUGCUGGAGAGACUAGAGGACAGAAAGUUCACCUUUCAAGGGAUCCUGAUGGGGAGCCUUAUUUGACACAAACUGAGAUGAAGGCUGUAGCUGAAAUCGUUGUCCGCAGACAUUUUGAUUCUCAGAUCCUUCCGGACAUGCUCUGUGCCAUUGCUGAACUAGCAAGUGAUAGGCAGCUGCUUGUCACAAACUAUGACAAAAAAACUAAGCAGGCCACCAUAGGAAUCAUGCAACUUUUGCCAAAAACAGCAGAGUGGCUUGUCAGAGAUUUGGGCUACCGGAUAUAUGAUGUGGAAGAGAAUCCAGAUAUUCUGUAUAGGCCUUUUGUAAGUGUAUACUUUGGGGCUGCGUACCUUAAAUGGUUAUCAAACUUUGAGCAAAAAGAAAGAAGUGAAGAGUUUGUAGUUAGGGCAUAUAAAGGUGGUACAAAAAAGGCAACUCAUAAGUCAACUUUGCAGUAUUGGAAACAGUACCUUUCAGUUAAAGAAAGUCUCCCAUCAAGAAGAUUUGUUGAGGAUGGUCCUUCUGUAAACAAUUCUUGUGCUUCUGCUGCACCAGCUGUAUUUGCUUCACAAAACACAGGUGGUGAUCAUGUAUAUUGGGACUCUAGAGCUUCUCCAGAAGACAUGAUUGAGAUGUGGAAUAACCAUGAUGUUGCUAGAGAGUGGAUGAAAUCUGGAGAAAAACGCGGAAAGGUACGCUUUUCACAUGACAAGGACAAGAGACCGUAUCUUUCCCGGGUAGAAGUGAAGGCAGUUGCGGAAACAAUUCUUUCAAAGCACUUUAGUACAAGGGGAGUUAAAUCAUCAGUCCUUUGUGCCCUUGCAGAAAUGGUUAGUAUGCGUUUUGUGAAUGGGGUUCGACCACGAAGUGGAUUAAUGGGAAUCGACUACUCUACAGCUUUCUGGCUUUACAUGGAGUUGGGAUAUAGAGCUUAUAAAGUUGACUCUGUUGAUGAUAUGACGAAGCCGUUUGUGUCCAUGUACUUUGGCGCAGCCUAUCUGGCUUAUUUAUCGGAAUAUGAAGGGAGGGAAAGGACUCCACAGUUUGUUGUUCAGGCUUACCUUGCUGGGCCAAAGAAUGUGAAUCUUCAGGAGACUGGUCCAUUUUGGCUUAAAUUUGAGCAAGCUUUGGGCAAUUACGAAGAUGUUAAAAAGGAUCCAGGAAGCUGCAUCAUCUUGUAAAUUGACAAAUAAUGUCACGCCAUCCUUCAUAAUUUUGGGGUGAUUGAUUUAAUGGUAUUGUUGUAGAAGUUACUUGAAAUGGGUGAAUGUUGUUGUCUUGGAAACAAACUAGCAAUACAGGGCAGGUCACAGCAUCUUUGUUUACUUCUCUAUCUCUUUGGUUUCACAAUAUAGUGAGUUCUAAGUUAUCAAGAAAAAUCUGUGUUGUUCA